CCCUUUUUCUUUUCUUUUCUUUUCUUUUCUUUUUUUUUUUAAUUCUCCAUCACCAUUCAUUCCUACCCCAUCGCACCCCGGAAUACCUCCGAAUUUUCAUUCGUUCGUUCUUGUUCCCGUCGAUCUCUUGAUAUAAUCUCCAGCACUCGGGCUUCCCACACUCCUCCAUCAUGGCCAGCAUCCAGACCAGAACCGAUGUUGCUCCGACCGGCACCUCAGCUGUCACUUCAGCAGUUCCCACAGCAUGCGGUGCCACGACAUACGACAUUCCUACCAAGGACGCUGCUUGUGCCGUCCCCGGUACGGAACAUAAAGACUCCAUGGAGAAGUGCUGUGACGCUCCCGUUGUAACCUACAACGAGGGCUGUGGAAUGUACUGCCUUGCUUCUGGCGGUACAGUCGGUGAUUUGGUUAAAUGCCUCAUCGGCGAUGGCAUCGCGGAUGGCAAAGUCUUUUGCAACAAAGAAAUGAACGCUACUGCUACCACGACUCCCACUCCCACUGGCAGAGAUGAUGAUGAUGAUGAUGAUGACGAUGACGAGCCGACCAACACCGAUGGCUCGCCUGCCUCUACGUCCAGUAGUGCUGCACUGGCCAACCUCCCCCCACAAACCCUUUCGAAGCCUGCAAUCGGAGUGCUUUUCACGCUCUUUUUCUCCAUGUUUGCUGGUGUCGUUUUUGCAUAAGCGGACGGAGAGCUACACCAGUUUCUUCUUGAUAAUGCGGUAGUAAUGGUCUCGUGGCCCGGCCUUUUUAUAUAUUUAACUUCUGCGCAUUUUGCCUAUAUCUUUUUGAGCAUUUAAUCUUAAUACGUUUCUUCGUGUUUUCCUCCUUUCUGGAAAAACAGGACUCUUGUCGACCGUCUAUUCAUAAUCAGCGGUUUUAUAUCUCUGCCUGUUAAUAUGUCUAAAUUAAUCGCGACGCUGUGGAUAUUAAGAUUCUCCAAUAUG